CAACCUUCUUGUUUCUCAAAUGUGAUAUUCCUUACUUAAUUCUGAGAUUAUUUGUUUGAUGAAAUUAGUGUUGCGCUUGUUUUGCUGCGCUGGAGCAUCUUCAGCAUCGGCCUUGUAAACAGACAGCCUCCGGUACAAACCACCAUAAGGCCUGUCUUUCUUUCCGCUGCUUGUUACCGACUCACCCUCUCUUAGUAUCACUAUCCUUCUAUCCUCCUCUAACUGUUCACAUUUGCUGUCACUGAAAAAUUACUAAAUAUGGCGCCAAAUGAAAAGGGACGGCAAUUUGAGACGUUUGAUCUUGACUCUGAACCUGACCAGCGUCGCAACGCCGAGAGACAGGUCGUGGAUCUCACAGCAGAGUCAGAUUCAGAUGAAGUUAUACCCGUCUUUCCGAAGUCGCGAUCCGUAAUUGGAUCCGACACGGAUGACGAAGCUGGUGAUGACGAUGAAUAUGAUGAAGACUUGAAGAGAGCUAUUGCGCUCUCGUUGCAAGAAGCUGAAGGAGGCCCACAUAACGCCUCCAGUCACUUACAUAUUAGCGACUCUGGGAAAGGAGAGAGCCAGAACACUAGAUCCCCCUCGGUAAAAGAGGUCGAAGGGAAGGCGAACGACCAUGAACCUGCUAAGUCCAUGGGUGUCCUUGGUCUCGAUCGAAAGCAGAUGGAGCAAGAGCGUCUCGCACGACUUGCUAAAAGAAAGGCUGAGGAUACUAGCUCUAUUGAUCAUCGUGAAGCUAAGCAAUCGAAGAUCGACUCAGCCCCAAGGCCUAGUGUCCAACCCACCAUGGCUGCUGGGGGUACGAUUAUGUCCAAGUUCCAGCCUACAAGCUCUAGGUCCAUCCCAUCUACCUCACCGUCGACUCAAUAUCCAGAGGGUGCUGUCAAAAAGACGUGGGCCUUUGGAUAUCCUCGGCAAGGGGACGAUAUCAAGAUCGAAGAGGUCUUGCAGAAGGCUGAUCUAGAGCUUGCUGUUAUGAGUUCAUUCAUGUGGGAGAUGGAAUGGCUGUUCAGUAAAUUUAACAUUGAGAAAACCCGUUUUAUUCUGGUUAUGCAGGCUGAGGAUGAUGCUACAAAACGUCAGUACGAAUCAGAGACGGCGACCAUGCGGAAUUUGCGGUUAUGCUUCCCACCAAUGGGUGGGCAGGUCGUUUGCAUGCACUCGAAGUUGAUGUUGCUCUUCCACCCUGAAUAUCUUCGCCUGGUGGUACCGACUGCCAACCUAACCCCAUAUGACUGGGGUGAGAUGAAAGGAGUCAUGGAGAAUAGCGUCUUUCUUAUUGACCUUCCGAAAAAGGAUGUCCCGGAGAAGCCUACGACUCACUUCUACCAAGACCUUGUGGUUUUCCUUAAAGCCAGUACUCUUCAUGAGAAUAUCAUUGCCAAGCUCGAUAAUUUUGACUUUAGCAAAACAUCGAAAUAUGCCUUUGUCCAUACCAUCGGUGGCUCUCACACAGAUACGGCGUGGAAACGAACAGGCUACUGCGGCCUAGGUCGUGCAGUGAAAAGGCUGAACCUUUGUACAUCCAUACCACUCAACAUUGACUACAUCGCCUCCUCCGUUGGCGCUAUAACGGACCAAUUUCUCCGCUGCAUGUACCUCGCUUCACAAGGUGACGACGGCCUUACCGAGUUCAGCAUCCGCUACGCCAAAACCUUCCCAGUCCCUCGACGCGACAAUCCUUCCAAACUCCUCAAGAAAGACACAGGCUCCGAAUGGAGUGACCGAUUCCGUCUCUAUUUCCCAUCCCAGAACACAGUCGCAACUUCAAAAGGCGGUCCUCGCUGCGCAGGCACAGUCUGCUUCCAGUCAAAAUGGUACAACGGCGAGAACUUCCCACGGCAUAUACUCCGCGACUGUGAAAGUCAAAGAAAGGGCUUGUUAAUGCAUAACAAGAUCCUCUACGUCCGCUCCGACGAACCCAUCCCUUUAUCAGAAACAACCCAAUGCCGCGCAUGGGCUUACAUCGGAAGUGCCAAUAUGUCCGAAAGUGCUUGGGGCCGCCUCGUCCAAGACCGCUCAACAAAAUCCCCCAAGCUCAACUGCCGAAACUGGGAAUGCGGCGUAAUAGUCCCCGUUAUCGAAGAUAGGACGGAUACCCCAGAGGUUAAGGAUAAGAUACACGAAGAUAAAGGCAAAGGCAAAGCCUCUGAAUCUUCUUCGUUAUCAUCAUCGGAUAAUGACGACGGGGCAAAUCUCCCGGUUGUAUUCGGGAAUACUAUUCCAGUUCCGAUGCGUGUUCCCGGGGCGAGGUAUGGAGGGGGGAGAAAGCCUUGGUAUUUUGCGGAGAGUCAGUCUUGAUGUUGGUUUUCUGUCGGAGUGGAAGUGAUAGUUAAGGGGAAGUGUGAGUGGUUUAUGAUACUAGUCUGGAUGUUAAUCUUGGAAGGGGUAGGGAAUUUAUAAUAUUUGUGGGUAGAUGUAUGUGCAAAGAUACAGACAGAUACUUGUCUUGGUAGAUAAGUAAGAAAUAUCUGACCAAUCUGAAGAUACAAAGUUGCUGCUACUUACUAGGAGGAUAUC